AUGCCUGUUCAUACAGUUGAAACUAUUUUACUGAGUGUUAUUUCAAUGUUAUCAUCUCCAAAUGACGAAUCACCAGCAAACAUUGAGGCAGCGAAAGAAUGGAGAGAUAAAUAUCCCCAAUUUAAGAAACGAGUACAAGGUAUAGUUCGACGAUCAGCUGAUGCACUAUAG